CUCAACCAACUCAUCAAACCCAUCCAUGGCCACCACAACCUACGACCGCCACCAUGUCACCACCACCCAACCCCAAUACCGCCAUGAUCAACACACCGGUGACAGACUCACCCACCCACAGCACCAGCAACAAGGCCCCUCAACCGGCAAGAUAAUGGUCAUCAUGGCCUUACUUCCAAUAACCGGAAUCUUGUUUGGUUUAGCCGGUAUCACCCUCGUCGGGACGGUUAUCGGGCUCGCUCUCGCGACUCCGCUGUUUGUUAUAUUCAGCCCUGUUAUUGUUCCAGCGAUGAUAGCGAUUGGGCUUGCGGUUACCGGGUUUUUGACUUCGGGUACGUUCGGGUUAACGGGGUUAAGCUCGUUGUCGUAUUUGUUUAAUAUGGUGAGGCGGUCGACAAUGUCGGUUCCGGACCAGAUGGAUUAUGUGAAGGGGAAGUUGCAGGAUGUGGGGGAGUAUACGGGCCAGAAGACGAAGGAUUUGGGCCAGAAGAUACAGCAUACAGCCCAUGAAAUGGGUGACCAGGGCCAGGGUCAGGGUGGUGGGAAAGAAGGGCGAAAAGAAGGGGGGAAAUAAUGUGAGAAUUUGUGAGUUAAGAAGAUGUUGGAAUAAUGGUGGUGUAAGUUUGGUUGAGUAAAGCAUCGUUUGUAAGCUUAUAUGUAUGGAUUUGAAGUUUUUUUAUAAUAAAAUAAAAUAUAAUUUAUUAGUUUAUGUUG